AUGUCUUCUAAACCCACCCUUUCGCUGUCGACGCCAGUCACGGCAAACUUCCCUCACAUCCCGCCGCCUCCCUCGGAGCUUCGCUCGGCUGUCUCACUCCCCUCCGCCGUCGAGACGCCCCUGUCGGCCAUUUCACGGACAUCAGCCUUUCGGGAUCCCCUUCCGUCGUCGGGACUUCCGUCGGCCGGCUUGCCCUCGGCCGGCCCUUUCAGCGCCACCCUCAAGUUUGAAUAUGAUAUGCAGAAGACCCCCAUCACGCCGCCCGUGGCCUAUCUGGACUUCCUGAAGAGCAUGUCGUUGGUCUCGCCCUGUCUCACCUCUCCGCCCCAUACCGGCAAGGCCGCCUUGAAUAGAACAAGCACCGCCAGCGCCAGCAGCACAGUUAGCAGCGCCAGCGCCAGCAGCAAGGACAGUACCCCCAGCAGUGUCACUAGCGAUGCCGCGAGUUUGGACGACGGCGAGAAGGAGAAGAUCGAGCUGAUUGAGAGUGGUCCGUCCACGGCGCGGUCCGAUGUCAACAGCGAAUGUGGCGAUGAUGAGAAGACCAAGGAAAGGGAAAAGAGCCCACGGCCUUCGCCCAUCAGCAUCAAGUCCCCUCCGACGCCCGUUAACUCUUAUUAUCCACUGUCCGCCCCACUUGCGGGACCUUCUGUUUUCCCAAGCAUGAAACUCCCCACCUCACCUGCCGUUUCGGCCUCGGGCCUCUACUCCCCAAGGUCGCCGUUGAGUGCCGCGUCGGUGCACUCACCGUUUGACUGGGACGCGGCCCUGAAGGCAAAGCGGUUCUCAGACAUCCCCGGGGCGAAGCGCCCUGCUGCACCCGAGACGCCAACUGUGACCGUACCUGCUCCCACCCAUGCCAAGAGGGAGUCGAGGUCAAGUAUUCGACACAUACGAGAGGUCGUCACAAGGACGGUGACGUACACUCCACGGAUGGCCCCCGCUCCCAAGGGGAAGCGGAGAAAGCUCGACUCCGAGACGACACCAAAGUCAUGA